AUCUUGAUUUUGAAAUACAAUAUAAAAUAUGGAUUCCGUACAAGAACAAGAAGCCAAAAAGCAAAAGCUUGAGCAAGUUGAGGAUGUUGUCCAAGAGGAAGAAGUAGAGGAAGAGGAAACCGAUGAAUAUACCGAAGAAGAUUUAAAAUUAGGUCAUGAACUCAUCGCAGCUGUCGUCGCAAACGAUCUCGAAAAAGCAAAAGCUUUGUUAGAUCAAGACGCCGAUCUUUGCUUUAAUGGUGACGAUUUAGGUCGUACCCCUCUUCAUCACGCAGCCGAACACGGUCAUAUGGAUAUCAUCAAUUGGCUCUUAUCCGAAAAGCAUCCUUACAAUUUGACCGAUAAGAAUGAAGUGACUGCCGGUGAACUCGCAUUGAACAACAACCAUAAAGAAGUUUAUGAACGUCUUGUGGAUGAAGGUGUUCGUACCGAACUUUUGAUCAGAGCCAUCAAAAAGGCCUUUGGUGAUGAUGACGAGGAUGUCAAUGCGAUUGCUAACGACGCCUAUCUCAAGCAAAAGUUGCACUACGAUGAUAACAAAUUAAUGGAUGAGAAUGACGAUGCUGUCAUGAUGGGUUGGGAAGGACCCUUGAUGGUUGAACAUGCUAAAGUGAUGUGCCCCAAGGAAGGAUUAAACGUGAUCAAUGUUGGAUUUGGUUUAGGUUUGAUUGAUUCCGAGUUACAGAAAUACAAGCCCAAGAACCAUUAUAUCAUUGAAGCACAUCCUGAUGUGUAUGCUCAUAUGUUGGAAUUGGGUUGGGAUAAGAAGGAAGGCGUCAAAAUCUUGUUUGGUCGCUGGCAAGAGAUGGUACCUACAUUGGAUAUCAAAUUUGAUGGUGUAUUCUUUGAUACGUAUGGUGAAUUUUAUGAUGACUUAAAGGCUUUCCACGAAUGUGUGCCUGCUAUGCUUCACCCAGAGGGUGUUUAUACUUGGUUCAAUGGUCUCGGUGCUACCAACCAAUUCUUUCAAGAUAUCUAUUGCACAGUUUCCGAAAUUGAUUUACGUGAGAUUGGGUUAAGUACUGAAUAUGUUGAGAUGCCUAUUUCAACUUGGGCCGAACAAGGUGUUUGGGAUGGCGUUCGACAAAAGUAUUGGGUUUUAGAUACAUACAAGUUACCUAUUUGUAAAUUUUUAAAAGAGUAGAUAAAUAAAAUAAAAAGACACUAGAAUAAUUCAUCAAAAAA